GUCCUCCUGGCUUUUACAAGAUGUCCAGUAGACUCCAGCUUUGUGUCCCCUGUCCUCAGCACAGCUACACUAACCAAGAGUCAUCCACUGUCUGCUCCUGUGAAAGAAACUUCUUUCGAUCACCGCUGGACUCGCCCUCCACCUCAUGUACACGACCACCAUCAGCUCCAAAAGAUUUGGUUUAUAGCAUGAAGCAAACAACAUUGAUUCUAGAAUGGAAUGCUCCAGUGGACACAGGAGGGAGGGGCGACAUUACCUAUAAUGUCUUCUGCGACAAAUGUUCUGUGGCCUUCCAGCAGUGUGAGGCCUGCGGAAGCAGUAUUGGCUUCGUACCUCAGCAAACUGGAUUAGUAGAUCGAACCGUUACCUUGGUGAAUUUAUUGCCACAUGUUAACUACACUAUUCGGGUGGAAUCUGUGAAUGGAGUGUCUGAUUUUAGCCUGUAUGCCAACGAGUUUGCCGAAAUCAACAUUUCAACUGGCAAUGCAGGUAUUGUAGCUCUAAUGUCUUGUGCCAUUGCUUGCUCUUUUUUUACAUUUCAGUAUUAA